AUGCAUAACGCCCUCCAAGACGCCCUCCAAGCAAAGUACGAUGCCUGGAAAGCCCAACUCAUCUCGGAAAGCGACAAGGAGGGCUGGCUUUAUGUUCUGGAGGGAGAAAAGUUUCUGAAAUGCGGCAGGACGAAUAACCCGGAACGGCGGAUUAAAGAACAUCGAAGAAAGUGUAAAUUAGAUGAAACACAGUUGAAAGAGGUUUAUAAAGUGGAAAUUCCGUGGGCGAAUCGCGCAGAAUCCUUGUUACAUAUCAAACUGAAGAUGGCCGGUUUUCAUAUCUCCGAGCUCGAAUGUGCCUGUACGUUAGGCUCCAGCAUUGUAGAUCCCUCUGCUGACAUUCGGGUGACGGAAGGCGGCGUAGGACAUGUCGAACGAUACAUUUGCUCCCGGGAAAUGGUCGACGAAGCUGUAGGGAAAAUCAAGGAGUUAAUCGAUCAAGUUAGGAACGAGUGA